AUGGCGGAUGAUAAGGUUCCAGAAAGGUUCGAGUUGCUAGAGCAAACAAUUGAACAGUUUGUAGAAACAACACGUCAAAUAGGAAUCAUUGUCAGUGAUUUUCAACCUGGAAGUCAAGGUGUUCUUAAUCAGAAAAUGUAAGCGACCUAUCUUCGAGCGUUCUAUGUAUAAUUUCGGGAUGGAUACAAAACCGUGAUCGCUUGAAAUGAAAGCGAAAACUUGGAUAAAAUAUAUGCUGAAAUAUGAAUGUUCGUCUCCUUCUGUAAAUGUUAACAUUGGGAUUUCGUCAGUCGCCUUAAAGAGUGCUAAUUUAUCAUGAGUCAUCUUGCCAAACAGCAGAUCGGAAUUUAUUAUUAGACACAGAUGCCUUCUUCAAUUCCAGUGGCCUAUCCACGUCUUACUAGUUUAAACUGUUUUCUGUUUUGUUUCAGAAACUCGAUGAUAGACAACAUGAGGGAAAUAGAGAAAUGUAAAGCACAUGUUCAAGAUGUAGAGGUUCCGCUGGAAGUAUUUGAGUGAGUGCAUUGCUGUUGAUUUCCAUGUAAACUUAUCAUUACAACUGGUCAUUAUAACCGAGACCAAGCAAUCAUUAAAAGUCAAGUAUGUCACGAACAUUAUACUAUUUUUAUCCGCAGCAUUACAAAAGAAUGCAUAGAAACAUUUUCACUGCGUUUUGAGGUUGCAAAGUGUAACAUAACUGUUAAAAAAAUUGUAUUAAACCGUAUUUCCUGAAGUAAGUGCCCAGGCGCUAGUCAAAAUUUCGGCUCAAAAGAGGGGUGCUUAUUGGAAGGAGGACGCUUAAUCAAGGGAGCGCUUGUUAAAAUUUUCCUUUCAAUGAAAUGAAACUUUAUUUUGGCCUCGAAAAACUACAAAAUUGUCCACGUAGAUGUAAAGUCGAUAUGGUCGUGUUCAGAUCGAGCUAUCAUUCAUCACAGAGCUUUCAAUAAGACCCCGGCGCUCGCCAGAGUUCUGGGGAUAUUCUGUUGUAAAUCACUGGGUAUACUUGGCCACAUCUAAGUCAAAUUUACAGAACAAAAUUUUAAAAAAUCAGUAACGUAGAAAGUAAGAGGCAAUUUGGUAUUUUUUGGAGCAUUGAUCUAAUCUAUUUUUCAAUUUCUGUGGUCUUUGAUUUUUAGAUUCAUUCUUUCACUGGCAAUUUUUUUUUCUGCUCGUUCACAUGUUUUUCAUAAACUUAGAUGUACACAUUGUCAGUUACCUAAAAAAAAUUCUCAAACAAUUUUGCGUUGAACUAAAAUCCCCAAAUAUUUUUUGACAAAUAAAACAACAGCAGAGGCACAGGUAAUUCACAUUUGGAACUUUUUUCAAAGAUGUUAAGUUUCCAUUAAAAAAUGCUUAACUGAGGCAUUACAAAGACAUCCAUUGAAUGUUUAGUGUCUGACCUUUUUAUCAAAAUAAGCUUGCUGUAAAAAGCAAAGAAGACCAUGGUCUUAAAAUUAUUGGUUAGUGGGAACAUGGUUAAGUGACUUUUUGUGAUUUUUCAUAAAGCAUGCUGAAGCUCAAUUGUUUAUGAUCUUGUGUUAAACACGAGCUGUUGGAACAGUUAGAAUUCAUCGGCUGAAUGAUUUCAUUCAAUUAUCUUAUGUGAACAUUAGUGGCUGAACGCAUUAGUGAUGAAAAACUUCUGCAAAUGAGAAUACUCCAGGGGUUUUUCCAAUAAAUAAAACCUAUGGAGUUCAUUGCUGUAUAUCUUUAAUUUCACUCAAUCACAAAAUAUGCAUUCUGUAUUUCAAGACAGAAGACACAGAGGGGGCAUUUCAAAUUAAAGCAGAAGAAGACUCUGUUAACAAAGAUCAUUGCAUUAGAAUGCAAAUAGCUAAAGAAACUGUGAGUCGAAAAGUGAUGUACAAAUGGAAGACAAUAGAAUCUGGCUUGGCCAGGUGAAGAAAGGUUUAGAUCACAACAUCAAAAUUUGAGAAAAUGUGUACACAGAAAUUUGACAGACACAAUACGUUAUCUUGUAUUGUUUUUGUAGACUGCCUUUUGCAAGUGUUUAGUCUGUUUAGAAUUAUAUGAUGUUGGAUGGUUACUUUCAUUUUGGCUCCUUCUGUGACUUUUUGGAAGCUUUCAAGUAAACACCUCAAGAGCUUUUCAAGUUCAUUCAGUUGACUUUUGCCUUUAUAAACAAGUUUUGAUAAAAAUUGAUUGAUAUUGUCUUAUCAUAUACCACAUUUUCAGCAAAAGAAGAGAUUUGGGUUUCCAAGAACAUACUGACUCAAAUUUUGGUCACCAGUAACCAUAUGUCUCUGCAGAGGACUUUUGUGUGAAACCCCUGCAGCAGGUUUCCAUGUCAGCAAAUGAAAGAUUUUGAUUAGAAAUAAAACAAUCGGUCAAACAAUUGUUACAAAGAGACAAAUAUUUAUGAUCAUUUGCCAAAGUUUAACACCAAAAACUCUGUUUGAAGCCAGUCUAUGUGGAAUAGAAUUAAUGGCUUAUGGGAGGGAAAUCACUUUUCAAAGUAUUCUCAACAAAUGCUUUACUGAGGUAGCCACCUGUUUCAAAUCUUAUCAAAAGCACUGCGUCAUCAACUGUUUUCUACAAAACCAUCCCAAUAAAUCUAUUAUCUUAUAAAUUACUGGUCCUGGAGGACAAGGAAAUAGUCUAGCUGUUCCUGGUUAAUUUAUGGUAUUAACUGAACAGGGUAAUAGGAAAAAAAAUUAAAGGACAGAUAACGCACAUAAAGGAACUCUGUAAGCAUUAGGAGAUAAAAAUAAUUGAAAGAGAAAGUAUUCUCCUUUGCUGAUUUUGCUGUAAUUGAAACAGAAAAAAGUCAGAUUAAGUGGCAAUAGAACUGUUUUCCUCAUACUCCCACUAUCUACAUAUAAGAUAGUGACUAAGGAGGAGGGGGGAUACUUAUUCUAGAAGGGGGAGUUUGAUGUUAUAGCAUAUGGGGUUGGGCACUUAUCAGUGGAAGUACAGUAUGUUUGGAGCCCAGUGCUCCGUUCAUAGGCUGAUAAACCAGCAAUUUAUUUUUUUUUUAGAUACUGGAGCUCAUUAUACCUUUGAUUCAAACUUAGUAAACCGUGGUGCCAUAUUUUCUGAUAAUAGGUACAUAGAUCAGGGAAGAAAUCCUCAGCUGUAUACUAAAGACUGUCUUGAGAAAGCACUAGAAAAAAAUCAGCAAGUGAAUGGCAAAAUAGAUGCUUACAAGGUGAGUUUUCCUUUCCUGAUAAUCUUUGUGGGUUAUCAACAGCAAGUUAAUAAUGGUUGGGAAACUUUUGUAGCAAAAACAAAUUGGCACCAUGUAAAAACACUAUAAAUGAGCUUCAGAGGAAAGGAGGACUACAGGGAAGGCUACUUUGCCGGAAUAUUCUGAACUGAGGUGAAAUUCUUUGAAAUUCUGAAAGAUAUGUGAGGAAAAUGCAGUUCACCUGACUUAACACGAGAAAGGUUAAAAGCAUUGCAGAAAACCUCUUCCAUUUUUCUAAAUUUAAGUUACAAUUUUUCUCUUCCUCUUGUAUUCAUGCAUGGCGUUCAUGAUUUCACAAAUUGGCCAAUCACAUCAAAGGAAUUUAACCUUGACAUUUUUCAUGUAUUUUUAGUUUGUUUUCAUGGAGUUUAAGUUGUUUUUUAGCUUCUGUUUGCGUAAAUUUGUCACUGCUUUGUUUGGAAUUUAAAGAAGUUUCAGAGUUUUUAAUUUAGUCAAAUGUUGAGGUUCAUUUAAUAAAUUUAAUACAUAGUCUUUGAAAGCAUCAUGGGAAGAUUACCUCUGAGUUUCACUCACUGUCAAUGCUUGUUUUCAACAAAACUACCAUGCACUGCAUUGUAAGCAUUUACUGAAACCAUAUGCUUGUUUUGUUGUGUACCACUAUUAGAGUAAAUGAUGAUGACUUUUUCCCCAUUUAAACAGAACUUCAAGUCACUUCUUGUUGACGAACUUUCAAAGCAUUUUCCCAAGGAAAUUGAUGAAUACCAGAACAUCAAAGAGCGGCAGAUGAAGACAUGAUUCUGGAUUGAGAUUCUAUUUUAUUAGAAUGUAAUCAGUUUGUAAAUAAUUAUGUAAAUAAAAUCCUGG